AUGCAUUUCACGUCCAUGCUCGCGAUCGCAACCUCCAUGCUAGCCAUGCAGGGCUCCGCCCAAUUCAUCCGCAAACCCCACAGCUCAUCACAGUCAGCCGACUCCCAGCCUUUAGGUGACACCUACGAUAUACCCCAGGGUGGUCUCGCACCCGUUGACCCUCUACAGCCGGGAAGUGACGUUGCGCCGGUAUUGAUUGGAAAGCCUCAGGGUCAUGAUGAAGGCAACGCGUUCUGCUUAGGACAGUGCUUCGCGGAGCGGAGCCAGGCGAUUUGCGAGAAACCUUUUGCUGAGCCGAUGUUCAAGGCGUCGAACAAUUGUUGGGUGUGUUGUAUCACGGCUGGGGACUUCUGA